UCCAGUGCCUGAAGGGGCUCCAGAAAAGUGUCCAUGCAGUACAACCCUGGCUGGAACAGCUCCUCUGUGAACCUGCUGCACGUGCAGGCCGUGGGGCCUGGGGACACCCUGCACUACAUCUGGAGCAGCAUCGGGGCCCCCGCGGUGCUGCUGGUGGCCACGCAGGGCAGGAGCAGCUCCCUGCACAUCAACUGGACCCAGCUGCUCUCGCCCACUCCUGCAGGUGCCAUCUGGAUCCAUCCCCCCAGCAGUGUGGUCUACUCAGCUGCUGUUGUUUUCUCCAAGGUGUUUGAGUACAGCCAGACCCCAGCCCUGCAGGAAAUCUUCUACCCCACCUACGACCUGUCUGAGUUCUCCUGGGGCAGCAUCAACCACACCCUGAACCACACGGCGCUGACGGCCGAGCUGGAGGGAGUCCCGGCCUCUGAUCCUGGGGGCAGCUUCUCCAAUGGCAGCCUGGCCUUCCGUGUCACAGCCUACGGGGCCGGCGGCCGUGACGAGCCCCUGCCCAGGCUCCUGCACACAGCAAACAGCUCCAAGGUGGAGUUUGUCCUGGCUGGGGUGGCCCCACGGGGCAACAGCUCCCGUUUCCUGCUGGAGGUGGCCACGGUGGAGGAGCCCGGGGUGGUGCAGAAGCUGCGCUCCUCGCGCUCCAUCGACGACGAGUUCACCCCCACCAUCUUUGAGAUGCUCUCCCUGGAAGCCGAGGCCCAGAACAGCAGCUCCAGGCUCAGUUUCCUGCAGUGGAAGGCGACAGCCUACGGGUCCCGGAGCCCCCGGCGCCAGGACGGCAUCGAGUGCCGGGCACGGGGGCUGAGAGGGGGCAACUGGACCCUGCCCGUGUCCAGCAUCAUCCCAGCCUACUUUGGGGAGGGUGUGGGGAGCACCCACAGCAUCAGCGCCAUCAACAUCUCCUUUGGGGGAGAGGAUGGGGAGGUUUACCAGGAGACACGUUACCUGAGCUGGUCGGCACUGCUGGGCUUUGGGCAGCCCCCUGAGGACACCUUCUCCCCCCUGGUCAUCUCCAUCAUGGCCGUGGCACUGGGCACCCCCAUGGUGAUGCUCCUGGUGGGCACCUGCCUGGUCCUCUGUGCCCAGAGGAAACGCUACUCUGAGUAUGAGCCCAUCAACUGA